AAAGAAUAUGCUUUAGGUUGAUGGCACAAGAAGAAGGGCGGCCAUUCCUGGAGCACUUGGAGUCCUACCUCGCGCGCAGGGAUGGAGUGGACAAGCUGCUCAAGAUCGCCCGCUACGCCGCCAAGAUUGCCGUCGCCGCGCAGCCAUCGCCGCUGCCUGAUGGGGCUCUCGAUCGGCUGCGCCUGUUUGAGGCAAGCGUUGGGACAAGCCGCAAGGCAUUCCGGCUGGGCAAAUUCGUCCAGGACGUGAAUGCGCUCCUCAGGGCUAGCAAAUCGCCGCACAGGGACCGCCAGCGCUGGAUCCUGGAGCUCAUCGCCUAUGGCGGCGAGGGAUUGUACUACUUCGUGGAACAAUUUGUCUGGCUGGCUAAGACCGGGCUGAUCGACAAGCACCACUCCAAGAAGCUCCAGAAGAUCAGCGCCUGGACGGAAUUCGUGGGCUACUUUGGGAGCGUGAUCCUCAAGUACCAGGAAAUCUCCGCCAUGAUCGCGAGGGAGAAGGCGCUGACCGACGCUCAUCGCCGCCACAAGAGAGAAGACGCUGCUUCCAGGGAAGAGAUUGUUUCUCUCAAGUCGCAGAUCCAAUCGCUCCAUAGCAAGAGGCUCCUCAAGACGCUCUCGCUGAUCCAGGAUUUCGCCGAUUCCCUGCUUGCCCUCAGCGACAUUCGAGAUGGGCGAGGGGUGCUCUCGGCGCCAUUGCUGCUCGCAUCCGCCGGCCUCGUCUCCGCGACCAUCAGCGCGCACAAAAACUGGAAUAGCUGCUAAUAAAUUUGCUAGAACCCUAAUAACAGAGCUUGCAUUUUUAGGGCUC